AUGAUGGUUCGCCUGCCCUUGUGGCGCACCCGUCACGUCUCGCCCCUACCGCGUUACUCCCCGGUGGCGAAACAAGUUGACGCGAUCCUUGACCAAUAUCUUGCGGCAGGUUUGAUCCAACAUUCGACCUCGCCUUACUCGAGCCCUUUGGUAGUCAUACCGAAGAAAUCUGGUGGUGUUCGCAUCACCGUCAAUUUUAGUAAGCUCAACAAGCGUUGUGCUUUGAGUCAGCUUUGGAUUCCUCGAGUCGAUGAUACUUUGGACAAGUUGUUGAGAGGGCGGGUUUAUUCCCUUUUCGACAUGAAAUCUUCGUUCCACCAAAUCAUGGUGCACCGCGAUACAAUCCCUUUGACGGUAUCCGUGACGUCUUCCGGGCUUUUCGAGUGGUUGAAGAUGCCUCAAGGCAGUUCGGCUGCCCCUGGGUGGUUUUGCAAAGCUGUCGACGAAGUCAUCAAAAAUCUCCACGGUGUUGCAUCGUACUUGGAUGAUUUGAUCGUCGUUGAUGACACCCCUGCUACUCAUGUUGGUACCAUGCGCGCACUCUUUGAACGCUUGCGUACGCACAACUUGAAACUCACGCCUCCGAAAGCUACUAUUGGCGCUACUGAAGCAGACUUCCUCGGACACACCAUCUCCCCUGACGGCGUUAGGCUUAACGGUGCCAAGGUUUCGGCCCUCACCAAAAUGCCUAUGCCCAGGGAUGUCAAGCAACUGCGUUCCCUUCUCGGUGGUCUCAGCUACUACCGUAAGUUCCUCCCCAACAUGGCUAAACGCAUUCGACCACUGACUACUUUACUCCAAAAGCAGGAAAAGUUCCCUGCCGAUGCUUUGCCAACUGUUGUUUGGUGUCACGACCCCUCUUCUUCUUCUUGGCUUCGCUUCCGAAACGUUUAG